CCGAGGAGGACGAGAAAGAGAAAGGGGAGAUGGGGAGAGAGGAGGCCGCCCUUCCCUGACGCCCGCGCGCAGGCAAAAGCGGGCCAGCGAGGUCCGGGUCAGCCUCAGAGGCCUCAGCGAUUCUGAUCUGCGAUCGCGCGUGGAGGCGCUCGAGGAGGAGGUCCGGGCGGCGGACCGGCGGGAGAGGCAGAGGGACCCGCGGUCCCGCAAGAUGACCAUGGACCACCUGCAGCAGGCGUACUCCGAGGCGCUGGCGGAGUUCCAGAAGCGCGGGCUUCAGCGCGACAUGCACCCCAGGUGCCCGCGCGGCCACGCGCUGGAGCCGAAGCAUACGCCGCAGGUAGGCGCCACUUGCAGCAGGUGCUCAUUGGCUGUGAGCUUCUCAGACUCUAUGAUGCAUAGCUGCCAUAAGUGCGGCUACGACCUCUGCACCACCUGCGCCUCCAUUGCCGGUGGAGGGCCCACGGGCGCCACGGCGGUGGCCGCCGCGGCGGUCGUGGCGGCGGCGGCGGCCAGGCGGAUGGCGAUCGCGCCCAGCGCGCCGUGAGCCGCCCGGGCUGUCGGCGGCGUCCGGUUGCGCGGGCUCCAACCCAUGCGCACACCGCACGGCGGUCGCCAGCACAUGCCAUCUCCCGCAGGAGUAGGUACCGAAACCGCUACACUUCUGUCGUCGCCACAGGUGGAUGUGUCGAGAUCCUGGUCAGAGCGCAC